GAGGCGUGUGGCGAACGUCAGAUUAACGUGUCGCUUGUGAUUGGACAUUAUACAGGAAGAGGAGAGCACACGCGCACUGUACGGGAAACGGAAUGGACUGUACUUUUAUUUCCUGAAUUGAAUUUCUUUGGCUUUGCCGUGUUAGCGCAGUUUGAAUGGAAUACAGAUUUGCGUUAACUAUCUGCGUUCAGUUAAUGUUGUUAUGGCGGGCACAAAAGGCAGCGAAGAGCAGCACGGCGGUGGAUGACGGGGGAGGCUGGUCAUUAUAUUCAGGUUAUAACCUGGAUGAUGAAGGCCCCUGCAGCAUAGACGUCUUGGACAGCUCUUCACUGUCACAUCGGCAGUUCCUUGAACAAUAUGCUUAUACGAAACCGGUCAUUCUCAGAGGUCUAACUGACAACACGAAAUUUAGGUUGUUGUGCUCCAAGUCAAACUUACUUGAAGUGUAUGGCAACCAGAGAGUGAGGCUCAGUACAGCUAACACUUACUCGUACAGGAAAGUGGAUGUCCCUUUUCAGGAGUAUGUGGACUUACUGCUGAGGCCUCAGCCUUUGGACACUUUAGGCAGCGACACGCUGUAUUUCUUUGGGGACAACAACUUCACUGAAUGGCACACGCUGUUUGACCAGUAUAGAGCUCCAUCUUAUGUGCUCCCGCGCACUACCGGAGCCUACAGCUUUGGCAUCGCAGGCCCAGGGACAGGGGUUCCCUUUCACUGGCAUGGUCCGGGUUACUCUGAGGUCAUCUAUGGCAGAAAGCGCUGGUUCCUUUAUCCACCGGACCAAGACCCACAUUUCCAUCCCAACCGCACCACUUUGUCUUGGGUCACAGAAAUCUACCCUAACCUGAUGGAGGAGGAGGCUCCACUGGAGUGCACCAUCCGCCCAGGAGAGGUGCUGUAUUUCCCAGACCGAUGGUGGCACGCGACACUCAACCUGGACACCAGUGUUUUCAUCUCCACCUUCCUCGGUUGAGCUACACCGGCAGGGGAACUCAUUGCCGGUGAAGGACGCAACAAAUGGAUAGGGCUGCAACUAAUGGGCUUUUUUUUGUUUUUUGAUUGAUUUGUGAUUGUCUAUAACAAGUCAAUAAUAAUUGUAUGUAAAAAGUCAAUAAUAACGACAGAUCCCCAUCACAAGUUCCCAAAGUAAUGUCUUAAAAUUGUCUACUCGAUUUGAACAGCAGCCAGAAAAAAAAAGACUCGUUCAUUUUACAAUAGUCAGAAAAAGGCAAGCAUGUCUUAGCAUUUGAGAACAAAAUUAUUCAGUGACCAGACUUACAAUUGACUUUCUGUCGAUCAACUCAACAUUCCAGCACUGCUCAAGGAGACCCGAUUCAAAAAUAAGGGCUCAAACGUGGUCGUUCGUGAGUGGAGGGAAGAUGCAACAAAUUCCUCAAAUUUGACAACCAACAGAUGAGAAUUGUGACUAUAUAUAUAGUUGUCAGGGAAUGGAGCUGCCCGGGAAGAGGAAGGCCAAAGAGGAGGUUUAUGGAUGGGGUGAGUGACGACAUGCGGGUGGCUGGUGUGACAGGAAGAUGCAGAGCACAGGAAGAAAUGGAAACAGAUGAUCCGCUGUGGUGACCCCUACCAGGAGCAGCUGAAAGUAGUGGUAGAUAGUUGUCAGGGAAUGAUGUGACUUACCCAAGACCAGACUGCACUACAUAUCUACCAUUCCUUUAUAUCUAAAGGAACGGUUUACUCCAGUUACCUCGCUGUCAUAACCAGCCAGAGCUUCGCCACCAUGUAUGUUGUGAUAAAUGACUUAGUGUGUAGUGUCUGGGCAGAUGAGGCUGUACUGACAAAGGGGGAGGACCAAAGGGAGACAAGUUGCUACCAAGUUCUGCAGUCGCACGGUCUUACUAUGCCUUAGAUACAAUACUUGUCAGAGGGAUCCAGGAUGUACAAUGUUUUGACUGGAGAUCAACUCUAAAUGAAGUUUUCUUCAAUAAAUUAUUUUUCUUGUG